AUAAUAAGCAACAUAUAUAUGUGAUGAUUUUAAUUUACAGCAUGAAAACUAUAAAAUUAUUAUAUUUGGCAUAAUUAUACAUACAUUUAAUUAUGUGAGUAAUAUUAAAAAUAUAUAAUAGUUAUGUAAAAUAAAUAUCUAUAUAUAUAAAUGUGAAAAUAUAUACCCGCACGGUUGUGCGGGUGGAAAUCUAGUCUGCCUUAAACUUGGAUAUUAAUUUGGUCAACAGGGUAACAUAAGUGACCUUAAAAAAAUAGAGCUCAUGAAGCAUAUACCCAUUUUAUUAGUAAAGUUGACUCAUAAUAAAUAAAUAAAAAAGACAAACACACAAUUAGCUUAAAAUGGAAUCUAUAUUAUAAAUGAUCAUCUUCUCUACAUGUAUAAUUGUUUAAUUUAAAAUAAUUUAUUUGAAAUAAUUAACUUUUUUUUUCAAAUACCACUUUUUCAAAUUACGUUUGAAAAUACAAGUAGCGGUUAUUAUGUUUAUUAAGGAAAAUUAGAAACUUUAAAAAAUAAUUUAUAGAGUUUCUACUGUAACUACCAAGAAGCUAACGCUUUAAAAACUUCACUCUUGAACAAUUUCCUCAUAAAUUUAAUCACACGAGGAUAAUCUAUCAAUGAAUCCACUUCUAUACUAUAAACAGGUGCUUUGGUAUUUUUCUCUUUAAAUUAACCUUUUUGGUUAACCAAUUUUCUGACCAGGUUGAACCAAGCUUUUAGUUGUUCUUUUUCCUUUCAUCCAAUCUAUUAAUUUAGGGUUAUAUUGGCAUCUUUUUUGUUUUAUACCUAUUGAACACGUUGUUGACUUAAUAUGAACCUAUAAUAUUAUCUUUUUUAAACUACUCAAUAUUAUUUUAUCUAAUUAAUUUUUUUUUUGUCGUCAACUAUUACAGACUCAUACUGACUCUGUAAACCAAACCGGGUGAUCUGCAUCCAUGUAAACGACAAAAGACGGUUGCUUCCUAGCACUGCGUGCUAGUCUAUCCGCCAUUUCAUCUAUUAAUUAUAAUCUAUUAUUUAAGGAAGGUGUAUUCACAUAAGAUAGUCUAUGCAUAUAUGUUUUAUGAUCAUAAAUGAUAUUUAACUUCUUAAUAUAUUUAUUAAGAAUACAUUUAUACAUUCAUAGACAUAAAAACACACAUACUUAAUAAACUUCACUUAUAUACUAUAUUACAUAAAUAUGAAUUACAUAUUUACAUAUAUAUAUACAUGACGUUACAUAGAAUACAUAUUUGACAAUCAUAUACAGUAAUAAUUUUAUAAUAAGUUUUAUAAUGGCAGUUUUUAUAUAUUUAGUCAUUCAUAAAAUAGACCGACACGUUUAUAUGAUUGUCAAAUACCAUUAUAUUUUUACAUGAUAAUAUAAUGAUAUAAUUUUUAAUGAUUACCAUUAUACAAUAAAUUAUAAUUUAAAAAAGAUUUUGAAGGUAGAUAACUAGAUACUAUAGUUAUUAUUACACAGAAUAUUAUAUAUACCACGAUUUUAGUAAAUGGAAUAUAUGUAUGCUAGAAUUAAACUACUAACUGAAAUUGUGUAUAUCUUCUUAACUAAUUAAUUUAAAUUAAAAGGAAAUUAUUUUUAAAAUCUAAUGCAAACAAUUUUUUAGACCUAUCUAAAAGUAAAUAAAUCUAUUGUAUGAAUUUAGAAUUCUUUUUGAAAUUUACCGUGACAUUUUUUUGGACCUAUUAAACAUGUUGUGACUUGACCAAACAAAAAACCAAAUAACUAAACACAAAUCAGAACCAAAUUCAUAAUUAACCGAAUAGUUUAUAUAUAUCUUGAAGCAAAAACUAAAAACUACAACCGAAUCGGAACCAAACCAAAAACAAAAAAAAAUAUAAUGUGGAAGCAAACUGAAAACCGAUCGUCCAUGUCUAAACAUAUUAGUAAACAAACAUACAUGUUAAUAAAUUUAUCAACAAAAUAUAAUCCUAGUAACGAUUAAACCAAAAACUGAUAAAGCUAGAGCUAUAGAUAGUGAAAUACAUAAUCUUAUUAGUUAACCAACUGUUAAAGUCUCCAAGAUCAGGAUAAAACAGUAAAACUCUAUCACUCCAUAAGAAAUAAUCAAACAAACAAAUUGAAGAAGCGUUUAUAGACAAAAAAAUAAUAAUUUAAAAGGGGUUUAAUGAAAGUGGAAUAAAGAAAAAGAUAGGCGUCUUCAUAAACCUAGCGUAUACGAAGCUGUAUGUGCAUGUAUACACGACCGUAUAAAUACCGAUCACAUGAGCUCACAUUUUUUUCAUCCAAUAACAAUCAAAGCUAAUCAACUACACAAACUGAAAAGGAUGAAUUUUAUGUUUUACUUCCUUCUUGCCUUAACCACUGUUUUGGCUGUGACCGCAAGCCCCGGCCAACCAGUUCUCGACAUUAAUGGUGAUAUUAUAUCGGACGGCAGUUACUACGUUAUUCCCCUCAACUAUGGCACUAAAGGUGGCGGUCUCACCCUCACCCCUCGUGGUGACAAUUUAUGUCCCCUCUUUAUCGGGCAGAUAAUUUCAGAGGUCAACAGGGGCAUUCCCGUAAAGUUCUCAAACUGGAGGUCUAAAGUUCAGUUCGUUCCCCAAUCAGAGAACCUCAACAUCGAGAUGGACGUCAAAGCUAAGUUCUGCGUUCGGUCAACCUAUUGGUGGGUGACGGCUGCCGAAAGUCACUUUAGGAAGUUGUUCGUAACGGCUGGUCCUAAGCCAGAACUUGGAGAAGAUACGUCAAAGAGUUUCUUCCAGAUCAAGAAAACUGGAGUUUUGGUUAACAUUUACACGGUUGCGUUUUGUUCCAAGGAUAACGGUUGCAGCGAUGUCGGGAUAUUUAUGGACGAACAUGGCAUUCGUCGUUUGGCUUUAGGCUCUAUGCCACUCCCAGUUAUGUUCAUGAAAGCCACUGUGGAAAAGACUUCGUCCAAGAAUAUGUAUAUAUUAUCUGAGUGAAAUUAAGAGUAUAUAUAAGACUGUAUAUGUUCAUCAAUCAUUUGUAUGUCUAAUCAUGAAAAAUCUCAAAGCACGAGACCGGUAAAAUAAAGAGAUCUCGUGAAAGGUGCUUGCAAAUUAAAUACUAUUUUGAUUCUUUUUCCUCACCAACAGAUACAAGGACUUACGCAAAUAAAAUGACAUUCCUUGACUAUAAAUUCAUUCAAUUUUCUUAAAUCGGGAGAAGGUUACAAGUUUGUGUGGUGCAUUAGCACCUCCAAUGGGAGUUCUACGCAUUAAUAUUCUAAAAAUAAAUAUGUGUAUAUGUAUGUAUUGUAUAUAUGUAUGUAGUUGUGGGAUCCACUAUUUAGAACCCCUAUCCAAAGGUUACUCAUGAUCUAGGAGGUACCAGCUCGGAGGGAUGAGCCUUUAGUUUAAGUUGUUUAUUAUGCCACUGGGUUUAUCGUCUUUUUAUUACAACAUAUAUAUUCUUCAUCCGUAGUUUAACGAUUACAAUUUAAAAGCACCAUCGUAUUCUAUGUGCAACAAAGCAUAAACAAAAAUAGGAGGAUAGUACACAAACUUAACAAAGUUUGAUGAAGUGUGGAAAGGAACUUUGAAAUCGCCACAAGUGCGUGAAAUAAUGAGGAAAUUUGCGAGCAUUAAACUUUUCCAAAAAAACUAAAGCUCUAUCGUUCAGUUCUAAAAAGAAUGCGCUAGUGCAUCCAUAAACAUAAAAUUGGAAAACCUUAUAAGAUGAAAGUAAGAAUUCAUCAACAUAUACUGGCACCAUAGAAACUUAAGUAAGACAGUGGAAAAGGGUAUGAUCGGUCACCUUUGAUCUUUGCAAAGUUCAAACUCAUCAAAGCUGUGGAAAACUGUAAGAACCAUCGUCGUGAUGCUUGUUUAAACCCAUAGAUUGACUUUUUUAUACACAAGUCGCAAGACAACAUUAGGUGAAGUGUGUCCCUCUUUCUUACUGUGUAUCCCGGAGGUAAAUCAAUAUAAAUAUCCUGCGAGAGAUCACCAAUGAGAAAGGCGUUUGAGAUGUCUAGUACGUGUAAAACCACUUCUUGGCAGUCAUUGCGUGUAGAAGCUUGACGAUACCAUCUUUGUGAAUGGAGAAUGCAUCAACAUAGUCAACUCUUUUCUGCUAGGUAAAUCCUUUAGCCACUAAAUGGGCUUUAUACUGCUCAAAGGUCCCAUCGAUGCGUUUUACUUUAAACAUCCAUUUGCAUCCAACUAUUUUCUUUCCAUCAGGUAGAAAACCAAACAUACCAAGUAUCAGGACUUUCUUAAAAUCAUACUCCUCAUCCACAGCCUUACACCACUGUAAAAGAAGAGAGUGUCCUUUACGUAUAAUGGACAAGAAACUGUGAUUAUAGUAUACAUUCUAUGAUCAAAAUGUGUUACAUACUUGUGUUUGUGUGUAUAUUAGUAUGUAUAUGUAUUAAUGUAUAUCAGACUUGGAUUAUCACUUAUAAGUGGCUUUAAAACCCAUAUUUUUAAAAUUUAGUAUUUGAUCAGAAUGUUUCGGAAAAAAGAAGAAGAUCAGAAUGAAGAAUAACAUGUGUUUGUUUUGUUUGUCUCCCGUGGGUACCAUUAAAAUUGGGAUGUGUGUGUUUUAGAUUAUGAUUCGUGUUGAUAAACACGAUAUAUGGCAUCCGGAUUAGCAAGACUCUUCACUUAAUCAACAACUAGACCUGGACCCGCGCGCCCGCGCGGGUGUUCGUUUCGGUUUGAUAUUUAUGAUAUUUUUAUAGUUUAUAGUUAUUUAUAUCUAAAUUGUUAGAAAAGUGUUUGUUACGGAUAUAGUUUGUAAGUUGUUUUUUGUUAGUUUUAUAUUCAACAAAACAAAUAUUUGAUAUGUAUUGUUUCACUCAUCCACUUGCAUGGAUUAUUUUGUUAACAUAUGAAGAAAUGAAUAAGUUCAUAUUAAAUUAUUAACCAUAUUUAGUUAUAGAUUAAAUAUAUUUGGACAGAUUUUAUUUUCACUUUCACAUUUGAAUUUAUAGUUUUUAAAAAUAUGCUCAUUUUUAAUAGGAUAGGUAUUAAAUAAUAUAUAUAUUUGAAAGCAAUUUAUAUUAUUUAUAAAUGAGUUUUUUAAAUUCUGGUGAUAGAUAUAUAAACAUAAUCAUAAAAUUCCUAGCCCAAAUUCUACUGAAAAAUGAACAAAGGCCCAAAAACAUUAUUAACAACUUUACGUAGGAAAAAAAACAGUUAUGCGAAGAAAAAAAAACUCGAUGAAUUGAAAGCGCGAGUCUAGGUCGGAUGAGGAAUUCGGCGAAUUCGUGGGAGAACUUCAAAAGAUUUGCGAUUAACAUCUGGAUUUAGAAGAAGCAAGGAGAUAUGUUUGCUUGAUUGUCUAUGAAAUCAAGACAUCGAAUAAGAAAAAGUAGACAUGGAUACGAUGGAUUGAAGAAACGCUUCAUGCUUCGGUGGUGAUGUAUGUUAUUUAGUCAAUCAAAGAAAGGGGAAGCAUAUAGAGAUGAUUCCAGGAGAUUGGAAAGGUUGCAAUGAAUCAGAGAUAAACAAUUGUCCGGAGACUCUUAGCUUGAUCGAAAGAUGCCAGACGGAUUUCUCAGCUCCUUCCUUAGAAUCACAUCGGCAAAUAAACACUAUGUUCUGCAAGUGGUGAUUUAUGUUUUUAAUCAAUCAAAGAAAGGGGAAGAAUAUAGAGAUGAGUCGAGGAUAUUGGAAAGGUUGCAAUCAAUCAGGGCCGCACCAUUGUCCCUAGACUCUGUACUUGAUCGAAAGAUGCCAGCCUGAUUUCCAGCUCCUUCCUUAGAAUCACUCAUGGUAACAUAAAUCAGUUUUUAGAAGUUUGAACUGGGCAAUGAAGCGGACAACAGAUCAGUUCAAACACCACAAGGUGGAAGAUCAAUGGACUAAGGAAUUUCGAGUUAAGCUUCAUCUUGUAUCAUCUAAUCUAUUAAGGAGCAUAAGGCUAGAUGCUAAAGGCAUGAAGUGAAUAGAAGUGAUUACUGCAAAGCUUUGGCAAAAGAAACCAAAAGAGGUAAUAGUUCAAACUUACAUGAUGGAGUUCUGAAACAAUUUUUCUGACUUGAUGUCUUUGAGAGUUGUUUCGCACCAAAUUCUGGAGCUAGAGAAAUAUAUACACGUUUAAAAAAAUGGUUUAAAGCCUGCAGCUACAUUUAAAAUAAUUUAAAGCCUGCAAGUAUUGACCACAACAGAAUAUUUACGUGUGUUGUUUUGUUUUCUCUGCUCAAAUGAGAGACCAGUAGAGAAUGGCUUCUGUGGCCGCAGGAUUGGAGCUGAGAUCAAGUGAAUAAAAAAAGGUGUCAUCUUUUCAAAACCUGAAAUCAAUGCAUUGCCAUUCGCUAUACAAAGCAACAGGCUGAGAUGUAAUCGAUUGAAAACACGGAGAGGCACGAGAAGGUUGAAGAUCAAUGGACUUUUGUAUUUCGAGUUAAGCUUCAUCUAGUAUCAUCUAAUCUACUAAGGAGCAUAAGUCAGAACCAUCUGAAGAGUCUCACCACCAAAACCAGUGUUUUGAAGCCAUGAAUGUAGCACUUUCACUUGAGAGCGCCAUUUAGUCUUAAAUGGUUUCAAAUCUUUGACAGGCGUGAGACUUGCGUUGUUUGGCAUUUUAUGUUUUCUGGUUUAUAUUGCAAAAUGAAUGAUGUUAUUGAACGUAGGAGAAGAGAUAUAUAUAGAUAUGUAGGUGAUAUUUUGAUGAUAGGUAAAUCAAAACUAACUAUUAAAAAACUUGAUGAGCAAGUUGUUCACGAUAAGGAAUAUACUUAAUAAGAGAAUAUUUUUUAAAAGAUUUUGUGGUUACAAUUUUAUCACGUAAUCACAAUUAGGUAUGUUUAAAUUUAUGAAAAAUCGUAAUAAAUCGGCCCUAUAUUAUCGUGAUUAGCAAGUAUUUUGAUGGAUAUAAUAAAUGUGAAAUCUUAAAUGUAGAGGAUUAUUUAUGUUAAGUAUUUAAGAUAAUGAAGAUUUAAAGGGUAGUUAGUUGAUUGGUUACGGUUUUGAAUUGAUAUUAUCCGAUGUAUUGUUUAAAUGCUAUGUGCAAGGAAGAUCUUUGAAAAUCUUGAUUUUAUUUUUGAAAUUCUUUUUUAAAAAAUCGUUUGACGUGAGAUAGCAUAUAGCCCAUUUUUAAAACAUUGCAUAGCCCAUUUAAAAGUAGAACAAAAAACGGAAUGGGCUUCUUUUAUGAGGUUUGACGUGAAAUAGUUGAUGGAUAAUUAAGUAGAAGCUCCAUAAUUAAAACCAGUGGCAAUCUGUCGUAAAUAAUUAGAAGAAGUGAGGAUGAUUAUACAUUUGUACUUCACUUUUAAUAGGAUAUAUAGAUGUUAACCAUUGAGGUUUGUUUGUCCGUACAUGUCAAAGUAAAACUUGGAGGAAAAACACUUAGAGCAUGUGCAUCAGUGAACCCCAUGAAAGGGGUUCACAAAGUAUAUUUUUAUUUUUUUUUUUACUGUUUGAUUUUUGUUUUUGAAAAAAAAUAAAUAAUAAUAAUUAAUCGGACCAAUCGCGGGCCGCCACGUGUCGUGGAGCCCGCGCUACAGUGAUGAACCAGGUUCACUGGGAAGAGCUUGGGAGAGACAGGUUCAUUACUAUUCAUUAUUAUAAUAUUUUUUUUUUUUUGGAAUCUGUGUGAACUCCCCCAUAAGUUCACUAAUGGGGGUGCUCUUAUAGAGCAUGAUUAAUAGAGAGGUUUUAGAGUGGAAUUCUUAACAGAAUAUAAGAAACCGUCCUUUAAUUUUUAACUAAAAAAACUACGAACCGGUUCUUAAAUAUCAUAACCAGUUCUUAAUUUUUUUAGUUAAAAGUUAAGAGACAAUUUUUUAUAUUCCGUUAAGAACUCUACUCUAAGAAUCCCAUUAAUCAUGCUCUUAGCAUCAGCGGGCAAUCUCAGAUAUAAUAAGUUUUAUUGUAUACGUUCAGUCUAAUUGUAUCAAAUAUUAGAAAAUUCCCUUGCCAUGUGAGCCCAGACCAACGGAGUCUAAAAUGCAUAUAAAAUUGGUAAUUCCGAUUUGUUUUUAUGCUCGUGAAAAGCGAGGACAAUAAUUAACUAGUACCUAAUUCUUGUAACGGAUUUCUCAAUUUUAAAUCACGGGUGAGUAUAUAAUAAAUUAUAGACUGUCUAGAUUAGUCAUAGGACAAAUCUCUCAAAUAUUAUUUUAAGUUUUUAUCACAAAAUAGUUUUCAAAAAAAAAAAGACCAAAAUAGUUUUUUUUUUUUUGAAAAUUUUAAUUUUUAUUUUAUUUUUAUUUUUUAAAUUUGAAACUCUAUCCCCAAAACCUCAUCCUUUAACUCUAAACUUUAAGUGUAGAUUAAUCAACCCUAGAGUAAAAUACAUUUUUACUCUUUAAUAAAAUUUAUUUUAAUUUUCUUUAUUGAAUAUUAUUUUUGUGACAAAAACUUAAAAAAAACUAUCCUAUCAUAGAGAAUUUUUCUUAAUAGUCAUAUAUGUUGGUAUUAUCAUCUAUCCAAAAUAUUUAGCCACUUUGCGAGAUUUAAGAGUUAGUCACUUGUUAUAUUUAACAAAUAAAACUCAGUGAUAUUAAUAUACUUUUAAAAAUGUAUUAUUUUGAAAUAUUUUAUAUAUCUGAAUUAUGAAAUUUAAUAUGCUAUUAUUGAGAUUUUAAGCCAGUGUUUUAUUUUACUUUUAAAAAUUACAAUUACGCUAGUUGUCUUUAAACAAAAUUAAUUUUAAUUUGUUAUUUUAAAAUAAAAUAAAAACUAAAUCAAUAUCAAAAUUUUACUAUUGAAUCUUUAUUACUUAAUUUUAAAGUAAUAUAACAUAUUUUUAACGAAAAGACAACCAAUUGUCAAUUAAACAAAACUAAAUAAAUUAUAAUAUGUAUUAUAGUUUAAAAAUAAAAUAUUUUUGGUAUAAUUAAUUUUAUUAACUAAAUAAUACACAUUUAAAAUUUACUCUAUGUAUGUCCUAUAGAUAAAAGUAGUUGUUGUAUUUUGUUUUUUUUUUACAUUUUAAUAAUUAAAACAAUAAUUAAUUUAUAAUAGGAUAACUUUCUAACUACACUAUAUCAAUGGCUUUUCUACAAUGAGUGCGGUCAAAGACAAGAGUGAUUGAAUGGGAAUAUAUAUAUUCCUAUGCGUUCUUCUCUUCCCGCUAUUAACACUCAAGGGCCUAUAGUAAAAUAAUGAUAUAUAGAUGGUUAUAUAAUAUAUGUGUUGUUCAAAAAAACUAAAAUAAAAUAAUAUAUAUGUAUAAAACCAUGUGUCGAACCGUGUGAUGCGACAAAAAUGGUCAUCUUUGUCUAGUCAAUCAUCUCACGUGCGCUAAGCUCGCUUCUUUAGGCCCAUUUGCUAUUUGUUUGUUAGGCGGGGGGCAUCAUUUAUUUUCAAAAUUGUGGACAUGUAUUAUUAAGAAAAAAAAGAAGCUAUUUUUAAUAGGGUGAAUUGGGUGAAAAACCUAAAAGAAUAUGAAAAUUAGCAAAGUACCAAAGAGAAGAAAAUAGUGGGGUUUAGUUUUUCUCUGUAACAUAGCAAUUUACCUUAGUAUCCCUAAGCUUUUUGGACGUAGGUUUAUAGACGGGAAAAAGAUUUUUAAGUUAUUAUAAAUAUUUUGCUUAGAUUUUUUGGGGGGUUUUCUAUAUAGCAAACAAUAACGAUUUUUCUUCUCUCUUAUUUAUCUCUCUUGUCUCUUCACCCUUCCUCUUCUCUUUUCUCUUCAACUACUUCAGCUACAUCUUUGGUCGGAUCGUCUUUUUUUAGCUGUAUCUUUGUUUUCCUUUUGUCUAUCACUGUCAAUGAUUUACAUCUCCAUUCUUGCUCUUAAAAUCUGUAGAUCUAGAUCGUUAGAUCCCUUCUCGGUUGUUCUUGCAUGUUUGUUUUAGAUCUUCUGGUGCAUGAUCUCUUCCAGUUGCUGGCUCGGGGUUUGAUCUAAGCACUGAGGGGCUCUGUUUCUAGAUUCAUGGAUCUUUACUUGGCACAUGUUAGUUAUGUAGAACAACAUCUACAUCUUUGUCAGUCGUUUUACUAGCUUAUAUAAUUUGUUUGAAUGCUACUACAUAUAUUAACCUGAUAAGUAUAUCUUUAACUGUCAAUAUUAAAGAGUAUAGCGUUUUAUGAUAUGAUAACUGCUAAAAUAAAUUAUGUAAGCGUAACUAACUGUGCUGAAAAUGAAUAUAGGUGCUUCAAACAGUGUGCAGGUUCUUACUAAUCAAGAGGAUGCACCGCCAACCUUAUAGGAUUUUGGGAUAGACUUGGUGAACUACACUAAACAUGGAAUUCACCAGGGAAUACUAAUGAAGGGUUAGACAAUGGGAUGAUGUUUCGGGAGGGAGUUAUAACUUAUAAGUGAUGGCCGAGCGGCUGAAGGAGAGUUAACUAUUAAUGAUCCAGAUGUCAAAAUGUAGGGGUGAUUCUAGGUACCACGGGAAACAGUUGAUGGAAGAGGUUCUUCAACAGGGUCCAGUAAUGAAUACAUUUCACCCUAUCGGCACGGUUAUGGAAAAAAAUAGCAUUUAGGAUGGUUUUGGGGGAUAAACUUAUAUGUAACCGUAUAAGUAUUGUUUAGUUACCGUUAAUUAUAAUCGAAAACUGUUAGAAGAGAGUUUAGCAAGGAGUGAUUUGAUUUUGGUUUGUUAAAAUAUCUUGUAACCAUUGUUGUUAUAUAUAAUGGUCAGCUACUUUUAUGUGAUUGUUUCAUAAAUAAAAUGUAUGUUAACCAACU